AUCAAAACUUGAUUUUUUUUUGACAAAUCCCUCAAAAAUUGUAUUUAUGUACUCAAAUUCUCCAAAAGAUUUAUGGUAAGAGCUUCCAUUGCAAGAUAACGAAAUAAUCCAUUUAAAGAAAGUAAAAAAAAGUUCAAGCUCUCCCCCCACUCCCUCCACUACACCCAAUUCCCAACGGUCACUUCCUUUUUCCCCAAAUUCAAUCACAUUAAACCCUAAAUCACCAUCUUCCCCACCCUUUUUCGUUACCGUUUUUUCCCCUUUUCCUGUUCGUUAAACGCUCCUCUAAUCUGUCUUUUUCCCCAAAUCUUGUCUGAAAUUCUUUUCGAAAAAUGGAAAUUCUCAACUGACACUAAUUUCCUCUUCAAAAUACAAAAUUCGUCGCUUUUUCUUAAUCGCCCUUUUCAAUCAUAUUUUGUACUGAGAGUGUUGAAUUGUCACAAAAUGGGCUGUUUUCUUGGGUGUUUCGGUUCUUCCAAGGAUGAAUCUAAGCGUCGCAAAAAUACGCAUUUCGAUUCUCAUCAAAUCCCAGAAGUUCAGGAUGAUCUAAAUCAGUACAAUCCUGUUUAUCCUACUCCCACUGUAUUUUUUCCGAAUCAGGAAAUUUUAGAGAAGCCGAUUGAUAUUCCGGUUCGCAAAUCUUGUGUUAAGCAAGAGGAGAAGGAUCAAUUAAGCUUGAUUAACAAGGAUAAGCCGGAGGAACAAUUGAGCUUGGGGGUACGAAAAAAAGUCACCUUCGAUUCAGAUGUCAAGCUAGAGGAACAGUCAAGCUCUGGGAUACUGAAGAAAGUCACCUCCGAUUCAGAUGUUAAGCCAGAGGAACACUUGAGUCCGGGGACGCGAAAAAAAGUCACCUUCGAUUCAGAUGUCAAGCCAGUGGAGCAAUUGAGUCCGGGGACGCGAAAGAAGGUCACCUUCGAUUCAAAUGUUAAGACAGAGGAAAAAUCAAGUCUGAUUACACAAAAGAAAGUCGAGUUUGAUUCAGAUGUUAAGCCAGAUGAACAAUUGAGUUUGGUCACACAAAAGAAAGUCGCGUUUGAUUCAGAUGUUAAGCCAGAUGAACAAUUGAGUGUGGUCACACGAAAGAAGGUCACAUUCAAUUCAAAUGUUAAAGAAUAUGAGCCACAGGAGAUUAUUGUCCAGGAGAGUGAAAAGGAAGGCGUCACAGUGAUUGAUGAGAGUAGCACAAAACCAGUAUCUGAAGGUGAUUCAACCUUGUCCAGCUUGGGAUCGUUCCCUCCAAAUCACAGAUAUCAAAACUUUAGAGAGAGUGAUGACGAGGAUGAAGAACUUGACUGUGAAGUCAGUGAUUUGGAUGAAGAUGAAGAUGAAAAUAAUGAAGAAGAGGUCUAUGAUGAUGAAUAUAGUGAUGAUGAGUACCAUCUAAGACAAGAGUUUUCAGCUAGGUUGUGUUCAUCUGUAGAAUCGGGAACUAAAAGUUCCGGGACAUGCUUUGUUGAUGAUGUGCACGAUGACCAUGUGUUGGAUCAUGGAGCUCUGGUGGGAGGAACUAUAACUCCUGUAGGGUUCAACCGUGGUGCUCGAGAUAGAGCUGGUUAUGUUCAUUCAGUGCUGAAUCCUGUUGAGAACACAGCUCAAUGGAAAUCUGUAAGAGUAAAAGCAAUACCACUCAUAAAAGAGCAGCAGAAGGAGAAUUUUCAAGUGGAUCAACCUUCAACAAAGUCUAAACCAAUGUUGGAUGAACCUCAAAGUGACCAUGAAGUAGCAGUUGAUGCCAGUCUAUCUACAUGGAUAAUUUCCUCCCAAAAAACACCACUUAGUAAGGCUACACCCGAACCGAUAUUAUCUGGGACAAGUGUAUCUUCACAUGGUUCUAACUCUGUUAGAAGACAGGAGGAAAGACCGAUUUUGGGUGCAUUAACAGUUGAAGAGCUCAAGCAAUUCUCCGCCACUUGUUCCCCGAGAAGAUCACCUAGUCGAAGCCCAGACGAGAGGCCAUUAUUUGGCACUGUUGGUGUGCAUUGGAAUGACAGGACCCCUGAUGAAGAACCUGUUUCAGUCUCUUCAUUUAAAGGCAUACCAAAUACCACUAGCAAAUACAGAGAGGAUAAUAGGGUGAAUUGGCAUUCUACUCCUUUCGAAACAAGGUUAGAGAGAGCUUUGAACAGAGGUGCUGCUGAGGUCGACGAGGGUCAUGCUAGUCGCCGUGUGUGUUUAUAGAGCUUAUGGGAUUAUCCCUGAUAGUGUGUGUGUUGGUCUUCCUCUUUUGUUGUUUUGUCAUAUAUGCUGCAAAUACAUCAUACUGUGAAUUUUAACGAGGUUACCAGUUACCAUUGUGUGUGUGGAGUGGUAAUAAUAGUGGGUUGUAAUUCUUCAUUGGUUUGUUAAUAUAGCCCAUAGGCAAUAAUGUAGAUUUCGAGUUGUCUGUGGUUUUAAUCAUUUUGUUUGUAAAGAAAAAAAAAGUUAUCUUUUUGCUCGAAGCUCUUUUUUUUUCGUGGUACAAUACCUCUUUAAA